ACUCGGGACGUCAGUGUGGCUCUGGAGAUGGGAGGGUGAAGACUAUGUGCGAGUGCUCGGCGGAUCCUGUCACGUGCAGUGUGCGGAGCUGCCCAGUUACUCUGGCGAUUUUGUUUAUUUGUUUACCCUACCCUCUUUUGUGAUUGUUUACUUUUUUUUUGGAUGACAGUUCAGUGGUGAAGGUGUGGUGUUACCGUGUGCCUUAUGGUGGUGUGAUGAAUGAUUUUGGUUCCAAUUAGAUGACGAUUUGCUACCUUGUAAUCCGUAAUCACUGCGAGUACUUGUAAGUGAGAUUAGAUUUAGAGUGCAUCCAUUCGAGAGAAAAUUCCGAAGCUUAAAUUAUUUUGAAAAGUAAAUUACACUUUGAAAGGAAAAGCCUAAUGUGAUGUGAAAAGGAAUAUAUGUUUCGUGCGUAUCAAGAGAAAAAGUUUGUGAUAUCAAUCCCCCUAGAAGUAUAGAAUAUAUAUAUGCUCCAAACGUCAACGAUACCGAACUGAAUCGAAGUAGAUCGAACAUAUCUGAGCGUUGAACAUAACGUAACAGUUGCAACGACUACAGGAAGCCAAAGUUGAUUAUGUGACGGUGAUAUUCAUCGUCGUCACGUUAAACACUUGCCUGUGCCGCCCCUCGCAGCUGUCCUUCGUGAAAGGAUCGACUGCGAAGGAGUUUAUUAUUCACGACAUUCACGACAAGCGCCCGAGUUCCAGAGGGCAUCGCGGAAGGCAGUGAAUGCAAUCUCCAUGUAAGCAGGUACCAGGUACUGUUUGAAACAUCAGCGGAAGUUGCUGUGGGAUUGCCUCGCAAACCUUCGUAGCGUGUCACGGUGUCUCACGGAAUGGCUGUGUUGGUAUUGUUUUGUAAAUCGUCAGCUGAAUAAUAGUUGAGAGAAAGUAGAGACAUCCCCUACGUUUAAAGAAUCGAUUUAGUUGUCGCGAGACAGCACCGUUCGUCAACAUGCCCGUCAAGAAUCCAAGCACGACGACGUGGUACCGACUACCUCCCUCCCAGUCGCUCUUGUGACUUCCCCAAAACACGCGCCCUCCCCCAACUUCACGCCAGGGCUUCAAAUCAAACCACCCUCAGCCUCGCAAGGGGCGUCGCAGAUCCCUGGAGUGCGGACGCCCACGAGCCACUCCGGUCAGACGUCUCCUGUCUUGCCUUCUAAGUUACCGACGUCCACCUCCAGUUCAGCGAACUCGUCUCCCAAGAAGACAGCUGCAUCUCAGGCUUCCAAGAUCGCGUCGCCGACCCUGGCGUCGCCCACGAAGUUGAAACAUGCCGACAGACUCCCGCCCUUGCCGAGGAGCAGCUCCGGUCCGGAUCAGAACGUCGUGCCUCCUGGCAGGCCCGUGACCCCUAAUCUGAAGCCGAAAGGCAAAGAUAGAAUAACGAAGGCCAACGAGAACAGGCCCAGAAAGAUCAGCGAAAAUACAGUGGCCAGAAUAGAAACCAAGGACGUGAAGAAGAAGGAGAAAAAUGACGGCAAGAGACCGAGAGACCCUGAGGUGCCCAAGAAGAAGCAGGCGGGGGACACCAAGGCAGAGCCCAAGACUAUUCCGAAAAGGAAGAAAUCGGAGAGGAGCAACUCGGACAACGAGAUCAAGCCCAAGAAGAUGGUCGCCAAGGAGCAUCCUGCCCUCCAUACGAAGUCAGAGGAACCUCACGAGAAAGUCAUCUCGAGGCAGGCUAGGGGAAGGACGCCCGAAAAAGUUCCCCCGCACGCCAAGGAGCCGCGAAAAAUUCCCCCGGCGCUGAAAUUAUCCCACCUACGACCACAGCAGUUGCGCAAGGAGACGGCGAAAUGCGCGGGGAAACUGCCGAGAGACGUGGUAUCGCGAAAGGAGCCAGACAAAGAAGAGGCCCAGGGAAGGAAAAAGCAGGACGCAGGGACUGCCGACGUCUUAGCGAAGGAAGAAAAGAAAAAAAGGGAAGAAAGCAGCGUCGGUAACACCGGCGACGAGCAGAAAGAGGACGACGAUGACCUGGACGGAGACGAGUCGAUCGAAGGAGAGUACACCCUUAAGGACGACGACACGACGGUAAUCGACGACGCCCUCUCGAGUGAGCCGGUCGAAGGCGACACAGGCACAGACGUUAGCGGCGGUGACUUCGAUAUGAGCAGCGUGGAGGGAGUGGCCAAAGGAGGCCAAGAGGGAGAUAAAGGAGGAGAAACGCCCGCGGUCAAUUGUCCUCCCAGAGAAGGCGAAAGUGAGCCGCUGCAACGAGAUGAUUGCGCGCUCGAAGAGGACCGAAGGAGCGCCAUCGACAUGAAUGACAGCAGCUUGUCAGAAAGCCUUUUCACGAUAGAAGACAGUGACAGGUCGGGGGCCUUCAAAGACGACUGCUCCACCAAGUAUUUCUCGACAGUGGACGACGACCUGAGUAUGAAGGAGGUGUCCAUAGACGAGGAUCACAGCCUGGAUAUCGCCAUGAGUGACGACCAGAGCAUGAAGGAUGACCUAGACGAUCAAGGGAUGAGGGACGAUAUUUUUGACGACCUCGUGAUGAAGGACUACCUCCUGGACGAGCAUGGGAUGAAGGAAAGCCUCCUGGGCGACUUUACCGAGAAGACCGACCGUGCAGACGACCCGAGAGGGAAACACCUUGCAGUCGACGACCGAGUGAUGAAAGAUUGUGCUUCAGCGGACCAGGAAAUGAAAGACAGUGUUUCAGCCGACCAGGAAAUGAAAGAAACUCCUCCAGACGACCAGGGAGUGAAAGAAGUAGAUCUCGUAGAAGAGCAAGGAAUUCCAUGAAGACCAGACCAUGAGGGAAGAAUGUGCUAUGAGCGAGGAGAGUCCGCUAAAAGAGCCUGCUGAAAACGGCAACGCCCCUGAAAGUUUAAUCGUUUCAGAUAAAGAGGAACUGAUCUCAGAUAAGAAGGAAGACACAGAAGCCAAAGUAAAUGACCCUGUGAAUGAAGACGAAUCGAAGCAGCCGAUGGAAGGCGAUAAAGAUGGCAACACAGAGAAUGGGAAGAUGGAAGAAAAUGAAGUUGCGGAAAAGGAACCAGGCCAGAUGCCAAUAUUGCUGCAGGAAGUUGCAAGUGAAAUCAACGAGAAGAACGAUGGUGAAUCGGUGAAAGAAGAUGCUAAGAUCGAGGAAGAGCAAGGGACGAAGACGAAAGAAGAAACGAAAGUGACGGAGAGGAGAAGCAAGAGGAAAAUGGAGACAGAGAGGGCCCGAGGAGGGACGAAGAAACCUGCUCGAGUGUUCGUGGAUAAAG